CCAAGAUGGCUGCGCCCAUGAAAUAGGUGCAAGUCAAAAUAUUCCACUUUUCGAGCAUUUUCUGGUGUUAAUUAGAUAGCAGUCAUGAAUAGAGUCGCUCAGUUUCUUUCUCAGGUUGUCAACAAUGGCAGCACCUGUCAAUGCUUAUCAAGAAAAGCACUCGCCUGUCACAGGUGGGUAAGGCCUGUUGUGACUGCUGGAUGGAGACACUACUCAAGAUAUGAACCAGAUGGCUUGGAUGAUGGUCCGGCAAUCCCAGAGUAUGAUGUGCUGAAUAUUCAAAUGAAAAGUUACGAUUAUGUCAAACUGGAAGCCUACGCACGAUAUGUUCAUAGACUGACAAGGGAUCGCUUCAAUAUUGAUACUGAGUGCUGGGCUGUGCCAGCAAGGACGACAAAAAUACAGACAUUGAAGCCAAACUCUAGCAUUUUACAAAAUGAAUAUAAUCUUGCCAUGUAUGAGCGAGUAGUUCAGAUCUCAGAUGUACCUUCCACCAAAAUGCCUCUCCUGUUAGAAGUACUGAAUCAACAUCUCCCUUCUGGGGUUAAUUUAAAUGUUAAAGAGUCUGAUCCAGAUGAAGAAGAGUUCCGUUAUUUACCCGAUCGGGAAGUUGGUGAACUGAAAGAACAACUAGAGACAAUAACUAAGGCCAGGGCAGAAAGGAGAAAGAAAUAAACUGUUUGUGAUAUUUGGAUAAGAGUUUUACCAGUGUGGGACUGUGUUGUGUCAGAGACACUUGAAGGGUUGACUAACGAAUGUCAUUGUUAGUGAAUGAUCGUGUGUAAUAAAAGAUAGAUUUUAUACUGAA